AUGAAAUCAGGGGAGUUGAUAACUGAUUUCUUUGCUAGAACAUUGGGGAUAGCAAACAGGAUGAGAUCAAAUGGUGGCACCAUGGAAGAAGUAAAAGUUGUGGAGAAGAUAUUGAGAUCAUUUACUCCUAAAUUUGACUAUGUUGUAUGCUCAAUUGAGGAGUCAAAGAAUGUUGCUGAGAUGCGAAUUGAUGAAUUGCAAAGCUCUUUGCUAGUGCAUGAGCAAAGGCUUAACUGUACCACUGCCAGUGGGGAGCAAGCAGCACUAAAGGCUUCUACUUUCUCUAAGUCCUCAAACUCUAGAGGUGGAAGAGGUGGACGAGGUAGAUGA